AUGUCAUCUCAAUCUCAACAGGGCAGCAAAUUGGAUAUUAGCUCGAUUACCCACCCUUUAGCCUCAUUUACGUACGAAAAUGAGGUGUACCAGGCCGGUCUUAAAGGCCAGAGGCCGUCGAUAACCUUCGACUGUCUCGAGUGGGAAACCCUAGUCAAAGAUCGGCUCUCAGCAGAUUCCUACGGAUAUGUCUGGGGAUCCGCCGGAACUCGCGAAACAGACGACAAUAACAAGAAAGCCUUCAAAAGAUGGGGGAUCGUGUCGUCACGAUUGGUCAAGAGCGGCUUCCCAGACCUCAAAACGACGCUUUUUGGCGAGACGUUCGAUUAUCCGAUCGCCAUGGCACCGGUGGGUGUGCAGCGGAUUUUCCACCCGGACGGGGAGACGGCGUCAGCGAAGGCUGCCGAGCAGGAACAUGUCACCUAUAUUCUCAGCACCGCAUCCGCGACGAGCAUCGAGGAUGUCGCCAAGGCUAAUGGGAAUGGGUCUCGUUGGUAUCAACUAUAUUGGCCUCUGAAUGAGAAUAAUGAUAUCACAGUGAGCCUGUUGUCAAGAGCGAAGGCAGCGGGUUACAAGGUUUUGGUUGUCACCUUGGAUACGUACAUUCUUGGAUGGCGUCCCAGCGAUCUGAACAAUGCAUUCAACCCUUUCAUCCGUGCAGACGAUAUCGGUGUAGCACUGGGAUUUUCUGAUCCUGUAUACCGCCACCAGUUUCAAGAAAAGCAUGGGAAACCCAUUGAGGAGGACGUCCAGACUGCGGCCACAGAGUGGGCGCAUACCGUAUUCCCCGGUGUGAGUCACGGCUGGGAAGAUCUCAAAUUCCUCCAGGAACAUUGGGACGGUCCAAUUGUUUUGAAAGGAAUCCAGACGGUGGCGGAUGCGAAGAGAGCUGUGGAUUAUGGGAUUCAGGGAAUUGUUGUCUCUAACCAUGGCGGACGACAACAGGAUGGAUGUAUUGCGUCUUUGGAUGUUUUGCCGGAGAUUGUAGAUGCUGUGGGAGAUGAUUUAGAGAUUAUCUUUGACUCGGGUGUUCGCUGCGGUGCUGAUAUCGUCAAGGCGUUAGCACUUGGUGCAAAAAUGGUCCUUAUUGGUCUUCCAUACAUCUAUGGGUUGGCCCUUCAAGGUGAGCACGGAGUAAGCCAUGUGCUGAAGAGCCUCCUAGGAGAUUUCAAUCUGAAUCUCCACCUGUCGGGAAUCACCUCAGUGUCUCCUGAGCAUCUUAACCGAUCGGUAUUGCGUCGGACAGAAACUGAAAAUUCGACGACUAGGCGAUAUGUUGAAAACUGCUUUUAUACAAUUCGAAUAUAUUAA